GCCAAAAAUUAGUUGACUUAGAGAACAGACUGUUGGUUGAGAUGAUCUCAGUGGCAGUAUAUUGAUAUCUACUACAUGGAAGUUGGAGCAAUUCAAUUUAUGUCUGCUUCCCCUUCUUUGUACCUCAUCUCUAAAAACAUUCUCUUUCAAUCUUACAUGAUGUUUUCUGUACAUUUAGCUCAUACAUAUCCUUAUCAAUACCAAUAACUCACAUUGAUUCAAAACUAACAAAUAUCCAUUUCUCUGAAAAGGAACACUAACGAAGAUUUCUACUUUUUGAUUUGCAAGUUAAUAUUAAACGUUCAUCUUAUUAUAAAUAUUACAUACUAAAUAAUCAGCACAUGGCAGUAAAAAGAAAAUUGUUUCUGCCUAAAAUUCUUAGAAUUAGAACAUGAUUAAAUUCAUUAUAUCAUCUCUUUAUAAUAUAAUUAUAGGUUUUGAUACUAGUAAUACAAAUUUGACUUGAUGUGUCAUUGGUGAUGUCAUUCUAAAUCUAUAACAUCCUGGUUGUGACUAUUUAAUUUAUUCGUAUUUCAUAAUAGGCAUGAUUCAAGGUGACAAGUGAGAUGACCAACGUGCAUCGGUGCAUCUGAUCUUCUCAUAUUUUAAAUUUUUUUGCACAUUGUUUUCAGUAGUAUACAAAUCAAUAAGCAAUUAAUAAGACACCCUUUAAUUUCUAAAUUCUUUCAAUUAUAUAUUUCAAUAAAUCAAACUGAGAUAGUUAACAGUGCAUUCAUAAUGGCCUACUUAAAAUGCGUAUUACUGACCUUCCUGGAACAUGAACUGUGAUCUCAGAAUAAAAACAGUUCUAAGAUAAUGUUACUGAGAUUUCUGGUCUUCCCUGUUGGAUUUUCCACUCUAUUUCUUUUGAAUUACACAUGAUUUAUAGAAAUUUGUGUCACGAGUAUUAUAUCACUCAAAUACGUAAUAGUUUUAUACAUAGAAUUAAUUAACGUAUAUAAUUAAUGAGAAAUUAAUCAAUAAAUAUACACUUCAUAAUGCUCUAUUGUACCUGUCUUUACAAAUUAAUUUCAAUAUUUUCUAAAAAUAAAUCAAUGCUUAUUAUAAAUUAAUAUGCAAUGCAUCUUUAAAUUAAUGUUGAAUACUUGCUAUAAAGUGACAGAUUUUCCUUGAAAUUACAUUAAUCAGUUCACGACUGUCUGACCCUAGAUAGACAUUGACCUACAGAUACGUAAUAAGAUUCUUCUUUUCUUGGAAGCAAUUGUUAUGUUUUGAUUUGUCAAUAAUCGUAAUUCUUGUAUCAACAGUUUCCUUUUUUUGUAAUACAUGGAUUAUUUAAUAUAACAAGUUAAUAUGUAGUUUUCUGUGGUAAAGUCUGGCGCAUUUCUUGAAUUAGUAAAUGCACUAUAAGUUCGUAGUAGUCCUACCAUCAUUGCUACUUCAGUUAGUCAUCUUAAAGGGAUAUGCUGAUCACAAAAAUUAAUAACGUAUAGAAAUAGGUCGAGGAUGCUUAAAAGGAUAAGCUCUCGGUCAUUAUUACAAUCUGAAUACACGCAUUAUCAAAAACUGAAUACUACUAUCCGAUUCUUCAAUAGAUUGGACUAUUACACGCUACAUGGUAGUGACGCAUUAUUUGCUGCUCAGGAAGUUUUCAAUACCACUUCUGUGUGUAAAAUAAUAGGAGAAGGUUCACAAAAAAUUGAGGGUGUAAUACUUAAUAAAAAUCAUUUUGAGUCUUUCAUACGUGAUUUAUUAUUAGUAAAACAAUACAGAGUAGAAGUGUAUGCUAAUCAAGGAACAAGUAGAGAUCAUAAUUGGGUAUUGCAGUAUAAAGGAUCACCUGGAAAUCUGGUACAUUUUGAAGAUAUACUUUUUGGCAAUAAUGAUGUUUCUGUUAGUGUACGCGUGAUAGCAGUAAGAUUGGGAAUGGAAGGGAAACAUAGAAUCGUCGGUUUGAGUUGUGUAGAUACUACAGCAAAUUCAUUCUCUGUUUGUGAGUUUAAAGAUAAUGAAUCAUUCUCGGAUUUGGAGUCACUUGUUGUUACACUUGCUCCUAAAGAAUGUUUGUUGAUUCAUGGUGAAGGGAGUUAUGAGUUUGAAACUCUAAAGCAAGUCAUGGAGAGAAAUAAUGUUCUGGUUACUACAAGAAGGAAAAGUGAAUUUUCCAGUGAAUCUGUUAUACAAGAUUUGAAUACUUUAAUUAAAUUCAAUAAAUCUCAACAACCAAAUGCGCAAUGUCUUCCCGAAGCUCAUUUAGAUUUUGCAAUGUCAGCUAUCUCUGCUCUUAUCAAAUAUUUAGAUUUAACGUCGGAAGAGGGAAACUUGAAUCAAUUUAGCAUAGACCAAAUACAGCAGUCACGUUAUCUGAAAUUGGAUUCAGCAGCUAUAAAAGCACUUAACAUUGAACCUUGUGGUGAUAACACUUCCAUUUUGUGUGAAAGUACACCUGCAAGUAUUUUGACGCUUUUAGAUAAAUGUCGCACACCUCAAGGACACAGGCUUCUUGCUCAAUGGAUUAGACAACCUUUGAAAGAUUUAUCUCUUAUAAAAGAACGACACGAUAUUGUUGAAGAAUUAGUAAACUGUAAUGAAUUAAGAUCAAAUCUCAACAAUGAUUAUUUAAAACGCAUGCUUGACUUUGAAGUAUUUGCGAAAAAAUUGGCGAGAAAGAAAGCAACCUUGCAAGAUUGUUAUAAGAUUUAUAUGUGUGUGUCAGAGUUACCUGGAUUACUUGAACAAUUUUCCAACACAGAUAUAGUAGCUAUGAAGACAAUGAUCACUGAUCCUUUAAAAGACAUUAUCAAAAACAUAGACAAAUUUCAGCAAAUGAUUGAACAUACAAUUGAUUUAGAAGCUGCUGAGAGAGGAGAUUUCCUAGUAAAAGCUGAAUUUGGUGAUAAUUUAAAAGAUUUGAAAGAUACUAUGGUAAAAAUAGAGAAGAAAUUACAGUCAGUAUCGCGUAAAGUCGCCGACGAUCUUUCUCUCGAACAUGGUAAAUCGCUAAAAUUAGAAUCGAAUCCGCAAUUUGGCUAUCAUUUCCGCGUGACAAUGAAAGAAGAAGAGGCAUUGAGAAAUAAAAAUAAAUACUCUAUUUUGGAUUCCAAUAAAAGUGGCGUGCGAUUUCAAACUGAUCAACUAAAUGAUCUGAAUAACGAGUACACUUCUGUCAAAAGUAAAUACAUGGCAGAGCAAAAAAAAGUUGUUGCAGAUGUAAUAGAAAUUGCAGCUACUUAUACUAGCCAGAUAAAAAUAGCUGGAAACAUAAUUGCCUAUCUUGACGUGCUUACUGCCUUUGCAACUGCCGCUGUAAGUGCCAACAAACAGUAUAUUCGUCCUGAAAUGUUACCUAGCGAAUCAGGCGUAUUUCAUCUUACCCAAGUUCGACAUCCAUGUUUGGAAGGUCAGGAAGGAAUAGAUUAUAUAGCCAACGAUGUUAAUUUUAAAAGAGGAGAUAACCAUUUUUCUAUAAUAACUGGUCCAAAUAUGGGAGGUAAAAGUACAUAUAUAAGAUCCAUUGGGAUUGCUGCUUUAAUGGCACAUAUUGGUAGUUUUGUUCCUUGUGACAAUGCAAAAAUAUCACUAUUAGAUUCCAUAUUAUCCCGUGUAGGGGCAGAUGAUUCACAAUUAAAAGGUCUCUCUACAUUUAUGAUGGAAAUGAUGGAAACUACGUCUGUAUUAAAAUCAGCAACAUGCAAUUCUCUCGUAUUGAUUGAUGAACUAGGCAGGGGAACGUCUACGUACGAAGGUUGUGGUAUAGCUUGGUCAAUUGCGGAGUAUUUGGCGAAGAAAGUUAAAUGUUUUUGCUUGUUUGCGACACAUUUCCAUGAAAUAACUAGACUAGAAGAAGAAAUACCUGGCGUCAGGAAUGAACAUGUGACUGCUCUCGUUGAUGAUGAUAAAUUAACAUUGUUAUAUAAAGUAAAACCGGGUAUAUGCGAUCAAAGUUUUGGAAUUCAUAUUGCUAAAAUGGCUGGCUUGCCGCAAGAUGUGAUAGAGUUCGCUAAGCGUAAGCAAGAAGAACUUGAAUAUUACCAAAAUUCAGUUUUUGAAGGGUCUGACAAUCCAUAUAAAAAACGAAAAAUUAUCAAGGAAGCUGAAGUUCUUAUUUCGGAAUUUAUUGACAAGUGUAAGAAUUUAGAUAAAUCAUUAUCUGAUUCUGAGUUAGAACGAAAAGUUUCAAUAUUUAAAGAAGAAGUUUUGUCACACAAAAAUCCUUACGCUCUCCUUGCAGCCUCAUAAAUGAAAUGAAAACGUGAAUAAGAUGAGCAGUAUUAUCAUUAUUUAUAUUUAAGUACAAAAGGGAAAAUGUUAGAAAUGAUGUUCUACAAUACUUACUAGUUUUUGUACAAAUAUAUAAUAUUUUGUAAUAAAAUAAUUGUCGAAUGAA